AUGGCACCGUGCGAGGCUUUGUAUGGGCGUCGAUGUCGGUUUUCUAUCUAUUGGGAUGGCGUUCGAGAUCGCCGGGUGAUCGAGCCGAACUUGGUAGAUGAUAUGGAGACGAAAAUUCGCAUUGCUAGAGAGCAGCUUUUGACUGCACCGCGUCGACAGAGUUGCUACGCGGACCAGUGGCAGCAUGACCUGGAGUUUCAGGUUGGCAAGCAUAUAUUGCUCAAGAUAUCACCCUCCAGGGGGAUCAAGCGGUUCGAGUUGCGGAACAAGCUUAGUCCGUGGUUUGUUGGACUAUUUGAGAUUCGGGAGCGUGUUGGUUCGGUAGCAUACAGAUUGGCCCUUCCUCCGAGUCUUGCCCGGGUGCACAACAUUUUUCACAUGUCCAUACUUCGAAAGUACAUUCCAGAUCCAUCCCAUGUUAUCAGUCCGACGACAAUUCAGCUGCAGGAGAAUCUGAGUUAUAAGGUGGCUCCGAUGCGGAUAUUGGCACGUGAGGUGAAGCAACUAUGGAAUAGGAGCUUCUGUAUGUGA